GCGCGCUGCACUCGACGCUCGAACGCCGGGAAAACACGAGUCGUUUUUCGCCGCGACGACACGCACCGAAGUUUUCCGAAUUUUGAAGUUCUAUUCUUGAAUUGACUGUAACGGUCGUCUUUGAUUUUAGUAGAUUUUAUUGUUUUAUGAUUCUAAUUUUUUUGUAAAAUAUUUUUUAUGUGAAAAGUGUCAUCAGAUAAACUUGUGGGAUGUUUAGUGAUUUUGUCAACGUUGUGUUUGGUCGUAAAGUUGGCUGUUGCCGCUGUUGGUCACUCUAAACUUUGAAUAGGAGUCCAUCAAUCAAGCUCCACUCUACGGGGACAAUUGAAACGGACCGCGAACAUCAGUAGCACUUAACAUGUCCAACUAGACUAUUCUGUGCUCGUCCAAACGAUGACAAGUGCCGAGUGAUCUUGAGAAGAAGGACAAAAUAAGCUGUUAUCGAUGAACGAACUAAAUUAUAACGCAGGGAUGAGCUCCUACCAAUUUGUCAACUCGCUUGCUUCCUGUUAUGGGAAUCAAGCGCCCGGGCGUACUGGGACGCCCGUGGAUCAAGCAGGCCAUCCCGGGUUACCAACACCUGGAGCUGAUUACUACAACCCAAAUGCGGCCGCGUCAGCCUAUCCAAAUGCUUGUUAUUCGCCGCCGCAAGUUGGGCAUCACUACCCCCAACACCCAUAUGGAACACCUGCAACUGGAGCCCAUAUGCAACCACAAACAAUGAUAGACUACACACAGUUACAUCCCCAAAGACUGGGCAGUUCGGCAAGUCACAUGCAUCAACACUCGAAUCCGAGUCCAGGAGCAUUAUCUCCGAAUUUAAUGUCCACACCACCGAGUCAGGCUGCCGGAGCUAGUUGUAAAUUCGCUGAUUCUACAUCUACUACCGGAGUAGCCUCUCCUCAAGAUCUAUCUACUUCCUCUGGACCUGGUCGAACAUCACCCGGUUUUGGAGGUGUUGGACAGAAUUCUAGUGGAACCACCAGUACCAAACUAGGCCUAACUACUCCCAUCGCUUCUCCAGUAGAACACAAGGCUAAUGUGAAUCAGAAUAUAUCAAGUCCUGCUUCGAGUACAUCAAGUAAUGAGAGCAAUGAGGCUAAUAAUUCAAGCUCAAACACAAAGAAUUCAAAAUCUUCAGCAUCAAACUCCUCUGCUAAUCCUCCGCAAAUAUAUCCAUGGAUGAAACGAGUACACCUAGGACAAAUACAUCCAUUAAUUGUACAAUGUACGGUGAACGCCAACGGAGAAACAAAGCGUCAGAGAACAUCAUACACCCGGUACCAGACGCUCGAGCUGGAGAAGGAGUUCCACUUCAACCGGUACCUGACGCGGAGGAGAAGGAUUGAGAUUGCGCACGCACUCUGCCUCACUGAGCGCCAGAUCAAGAUCUGGUUCCAGAACCGCCGCAUGAAGUGGAAGAAGGAGCACAAGAUGGCAUCGAUGAACAUUGUGCCGUACCAUAUGAAUCCGUACGGCCACCCCUACCAGUUCGACCUUCACCCGAGCCAGUUCGCGCAUCUCUCCGCAUAGGAUCAGUGGAAUUUUUCGAACAGCGGAUAACUGAUUUAUUAAUGUAGACAGUCGUCCGCAUCGCGGGGUUGCGUGUAAUAUCUUGGUUAACAAUGAUGUUACAGCAACCAGACUGGGUCAGUUAUUCGCUGUUCGAAAAAUUUCUGUAAGUGUAGUCUAAUUUUGUUAUUGUUAUUGUGACGUUACAAGUGACGAAGACAGUGAUUGUGCGGCAAGAUACCGUGGGACAGGAGUGAUGAGCAUAGAGAGUGGUGAUUGUGAAAAACAUGAGUAUAAAACAUAAUUUAAAGUUUAUUCCAGUUUCCCAUACCUAUAUUAACGCAUGGAAGGAAAUCAUCGACAUUUCCUUAUCACAAAAACGUUAAAUGUAAACAUUAACUACAACGGUGUUAAAAUUUAAAGUAGAGUUGAAUUUUACCUAGUCAUAAGCUGUAUCGAUUUGCAUUAUUCGUAAAACUGUAAGAUAUGAACAACUGAAUACCGAUUUAUGUACAUUGUGGUGACUAGAGAGUGUCUAAAAUUAAAUAGUGCGACAUGAAAAUUCUGGUAUCGUUUGCGUUUCAUUGUUUUUAUUUCAAACAGUUGUUGCGUAGGAAAAUAACUCAAUGAACUGCUAAACGCUGCUCGGAGUUUUGUUUGUCGUGUUUCUAUCGUAGACACUUUGAUAGAAUUAAGAUAGACUUUAUAACCGGCAGAUGUAGUCAUCACAAGGAUAAACAAAUUCGGAAUUGUACAGGGAUAGUGUAACGAUGUACGAACUACAUUGUUAAAGACAAAAUGUAUCAGAAAAUACUAUAAUUAUUUAGGACAUUUCAUUAUUAGUAACGAAUAUUAGAAGGGGGCUUGUAAAAGCGCUGUGAAACUUAAAGAAGUAAGCUCAGUUAUAGAUUGUGAAUAGGUAAUUUCUUCCUAUUAAUGUAAAUAACUUGUCAUGUAGAAGGUACGGUG